UGGGAAAAAACUAUAUAAGGGAUGGCUGCGUCCACGUUACUUACGCCGUGGCUAAUUCAUAUAUACUCCAAACAAUGUCGUAUUAAUAUUGAUCUUACAACUCGACCAAGUCCAAAUCUACCAAAAACUCUUUAUCAUGCAUUCACUCUCAUCUAUCAUCACCACUGCCUCUUUGCUAGCAGCAGGAUGCGCCCAGAGUCCGCCUGGCUUCCAACCAGCCACUGCAAAUCAUCUGACCGUGACUUACGGCGGUAUUGAGGUCCAGCCUGCCGGGAUUACCCUCCAGGCUAGCCAAGCUGUCAAUGCUCCUAGCCUGGCUCUUGCAGGUUCCAAUGCUGGCCCUUUCGUUGCAAUUAUGCUAGACCUUAGCGUCCAAACUCCUCAGUCGGCUCCGGGUAACACUACGCUUCUGCACUGGAUUCUUACCGGUCUUAAUAGAUCGAGUGGUUCAGCUUUGGCUAGUUCUCAAAAGGCUAUUACUCCCUACAUCGGCCCUGGUCCACCUGCAGGCCAGACUCAUACCUAUGCCCUCUUCCUCUACAACGAGAGUGUCAAUUUUGCAGUUCCUGCAAAUUACGUCCCCUUUUUCAACAAUCUGACUGCAUCCGUUUACAACCGAAUCGGCUUCGAUAUCUCCAACUUCACGACUGAGACUAAUCUCGGCGAACCUAUCGCCUCGGACUAUUUCCUCGUUGGAACUCCCGCUGGAACCCCUACAGCAAGCUCUGGUGCCGCUGCAACUCCUUCAGUGGUGACAGGCUCUGCCGUUAGCGUUAUUAAGAUUCAAACUAUGGUAGCCGCCAUCGGGGUUUUGAGUGUUUUAGGUAGCUUCUUGUAA